UCUCUCUACCUCUCCACGCUUCUGCAGUGCAGUUCUGCUCGCAUGGGGAAACAAGACAAGCAUACUAUGUUGUUUCAUCUAUUUUUCUCGGUUUUUGUUCUUCUGACUGCAGGAAUUCAUGUGGUUCAGAGUUCAUCAUAUCACCACCACCGGCCCGGUCCUUCGAAGCUCUUCGUUUUUGGAGACUCUUACGCCGACACCGGGAACAACCCCAAAUCUGUAUCCAAGUCGUGGCAUCCACCAUAUGGGAUCACAUUUCCCGGUCAACCGUCCGGUCGUUGGUCUGAUGGGCGGGUCCUGACUGAUUAUGUAGCUUCCUUCAUUGGAAUCAAGUCCCCAAUGCCUUAUAGAUGGAUAAAAUUUGCCCCAAAGUCUCUAAGUCAUGGGAUAAACUUUGCUUAUGGAGGGACUGGUGUCUUUGAUACAUUGGUUUCUCAGCCAAACAUGACCACACAGAUCGACUUCUUUCAGCAACUCAUCAACAGUGGAAUCUAUAGUAAACGCGAUCUCAACUCAUCUGUUGCUCUGGUAUCAGUUGCCGGCAAUGACUAUGGUGCCUAUAAUGCUAGAAAUGGCACUGCACAGGGCUUGCCAGCCUUCAUUGCUUCAGUGGUGAAUCAAACAACUUUGAAUCUAAAGCGCAUUCAUGGCCUGGGUGUGAAGAAAGUAGCAGUCAUAGCUCUCCUUCCAUUGGGGUGUCUUCCGCAAAGCACAGUGUUGUCUUCUUACCAACAAUGCAAUAAAACUCAAAACACGGCUGUGAGGUUCCACAACCUCUUGCUGAAACAGGCUGUGGAAAAGUUGAACAAUGAGACGAAAAGCCCAACAUUCAUACUUCUUGAUCUCAACAGCGCAUUCAUGUCUGCAUUCGACAAAAAGAACUCAGGAAAUCUAAAGUUUGGGUUUGGCAAUCCAUUGAAGCCAUGUUGCAUGGGUAUAGACGCCUCAAACUCGUGCGGAAUUGUUGAUCAGAGCGGAGCAAAGAAGUAUAAAGUAUGCAAGAACCCAAAGGUAGCAUUCUUUUGGGACGAGGUGCACCCUACACAAGCGGGUUGGCAAGCUGUUAGUUUAUCUUUGAAAUCUUCUUUGAACCAAUUCGUUUAAUAAUUAAUCAAGAUCUAUCCAUGUCUCAUUAACAGUAAAUCUCGGUGUUCCAUGUUUUCUGUUUUUCUUUUUCAUCCUCCUCUUCUAUUUGAAAUUGGUUUUAACAAUGCAUAUUGUUCUAUACUUUUUUGUUGUUAAUAUAUUGAUCCCAUUGGUUUUGUGGGGCAGAA